GAAUCAAGACUUUCAGACACUGCAACCACCACCUUCUAAUUCUAUAGCUCUUCCUUCCCUUACAAACAACAAUGGCAGAAGCAUUCCUCUCCGAUCUUGCAAUAGAAAUAAUGACAAAGUUGGGUUCCCAUACUAUCCAGGAGAUUGGCCUGUACUGGGGCUUCAAAGACGAGCUUCACAAGCUCAACAGAAUGGUAUCCACCAUCAAAGUUGUGCUUCUUCAUGCAGAGGAGCUGUCAUCGGAGAAUCGUCAAGUCAAAGAGUGGCUUUCGAUGCUCAAAGAUGCAUUUUAUGAUGCUGAUGACUUGUUGGAUGAGUUGUCACUCAAGGCUUUACAAAAACAAGUUAUGACUGGCACAAGAAUGGCCAAGGAGGUACGCCUUUUCUUUUCCAGCUCAAAUCCAUUUGCUUAUGGUCUUAAAAUGGCUCAUAAGAUUAAGGCAAUCAGAGAAAGAUUAGAUGAGAUAGCUGAAAAUAGGAAGUUUUUCUUGGAGGAGCGCCAUGAGGAGAGGCGUAUUGCAGCUAAUAAGGGCAGGGACCAAACUCACUCCUUUCCACCUGAAGUAGUUGUUGGCAGGGAACAUGAUAAGGAGGCAAUUAUAGAGCUUCUGUUGAAAUCCAAUGAUGAAGAGAAUGUGUCAAUUAUUCCCAUAAUUGGAAUUGGUGGAUUGGGAAAGACAACAUUAGCCCAACUUGUGUAUAAUGAUGAGAAAGUCAAAGGGCAAUUUGAGCUAAAAGCAUGGGCAUGUGUCUCAGAUAAUUUUGAUGUAAAAUUAAUAGUUGAAAAGAUUUUAGAAUCUGUGUCUUGUCAGAAACCUAAUAGUAGCGAGAUGGAUGCAUUGAAAAGUCUCCUUCAUGAAAAAAUUAUUGGGAAGAAAUACUUGAUUGUGUUGGAUGACAUAUGGAAUGAGGAUUCAGAAAAAUGGAAUCGCUUAAAGGACUUGCUAGUUGGUGGUGCAAGAGGAAGCAAAAUAAUAAUAACCACGCGACUUAGAAAGGUUGCAGAGUUGGCUCGCCCCAUUGCUAUGUAUGAAUUACAAGGCUUGCCUAAAUCUGAAUCUUGGUCAUUGUUUGAAAAAAUAGCAUUCAAGCGAGGACAAGUGGUAAGUCAAAGCCAUGAAGAUAUAGGAAGGGAAAUUGUAGCAAAGUGUUUGGGGGUUCCUUUGGCCAUAAGAACAAUAGGAAGUCUCUUGUACUUUAAGGAUUCCGAAUCUGAAUGGUUAUCCUUCGAAAGUAAAGAACUCUCAAAGGUAGAUCAGUGUGAAAGUGAUAUUUUGCCUACUCUUAAAUUGAGUUAUAAUUAUUUACCUUCGCAUUUGAAACAAUGUUUUGCAUAUUGUGCGUUAUUUCCAAAAGACUACAAAAUUGAUGUUGAUGUGUUAAUACAUCUUUGGAUGGCACAAGGUUAUGUUAAGUCAUCCGAUCCGAGCCAAUGUCUUAUAGAUGUUGGUCUUGAAUAUUUUGGUGAUCUUCUUUGGAGGUCUUUCUUUCAAGAAGUUGAAAAAGAUGACCUUGGUAAUUAUAGAACUUGUAAAAUGCAUGAUUUGAUGCACGACCUUGCAAUGUCGGUUGUUGGAGAGGAGUGUACUUCAUCAAAUUUUGAGGUGGGAUAUACGAAUGAGAAAACUCGUCAUAUAUCAUUUAAAAUUGAUUGGCUCUCACAUGCAGAAGUAAUUUUACCUUCCAUGCUUAAGGCAAAUAAGGUACGGACAUUCCUUUUGACAUUUGGCCAACGGGAACGAAAGCCUCAAAUCAAAAAACUAUGCAACGUGAUGUUUACUAAAUUGAGAUGUUUAAGGGUGUUAGAUCUACGAGGAUUAGAAAUGAAGUAUGUGCCACCUUCAGUUGAGAAAUUGAAGCAUCUAAGGUAUCUUGAUCUUUCUGAGAAUCCAAGUAUCAAAACACUUCCUGAUUCAAUCACCAAACUACAAAACUUACAAAUUCUGAAACUGGUAGAGUGCAUGGCAUUUGAACAAUUGCCAAAAGACAUGAGAAGGUUGGUCAAUCUCAGGUGUCUUGACCUCAGAUAUUGUUUUUGGUUGACUCAUAUGCCACGUGGGAUUGGACAAUUGAGUUCACUGGAGAGAUUAUCAAGAUUUGUGGUAGCCAAGGAUAAUACUGUGUGCAGUGGACUCGGUGAAUUACAAGGAUUGAACAACUUGAGAGGAGAGUUGAAGAUUGUGAAUUUGCGUUAUGUGAAAAAUGGUACAUCUGAAUUUAAGGCGGCCAAUUUGAAAGAGAAGCAACAUCUUCAGAUCCUGGAAUUAGUAUGGAAUGAAGACGGUGAUGAUAGUGAGGGUGCAAAUGACGUUGAGAAUGAUGAAAUGGGGUUGGAAGCGUUACGGCCCCACCAAAAUUUGAAAGAGCUAUCUUUGGAGUUCUACAGAGGAGUGAAGUUUCCCAGCUGGAUUUCUUCCCUCACAAAUUUGAUGUCCAUUUGUUUCUGCUCUUGCAAAAGCAUAAAGCGUCUCCCACCAUUUGAUCAGCUUCUUUCUCUUAAAUCGUUGUGCAUUUCUGGAUUAACUAAUCUAGAGUAUAUAGAUACUGAUGGAGGAUCUUCAUCAUUCUUUCCUUCCCUAACACAACUCUACCUCACAAACUGCCCUAAUCUGAAGGGAUGGUUGACAUGCAUGAGGAAUGAUGGAACGGCAGACCUCCUUAGAUUUCCUUGUCUUUCCUUUUUGUAUAUCCAUAAUUGCCCUAACCUGACUUCCAUGCCAUUAGUUCCGUCUUUAGAAACGUUGCAUUUUCAUGGUAGCAGUGGGAAGCCAUUAGAGCAUAUAAUAAAGAUGAUUAUUUCAGCAUCACAGUCCAGCUCCUUCUCCUCCUCAUCCUCUUCUUCUUCUUUCCCAAUCUCUCAAUUUAAAUAUCUAAGCAUUUAUGAAGUUGAAGAUUUAGAAUUUCUGCCAGAGUUGCUGUUUAACCUCGCUUCUCUCCAAAGUCUGACUAUUCAGAAUUGCCAAAAAAUAACAACUCUGUCACGUGAUGAGAAUGACAAAGGAAUGCAAUGGCAGGGCCUUCAAAACCUCCGUUCUCUAUAUCUUUGGUUUAAUCGAAACUUGGUGUCUCUCCCAAAGGGACUUCAGUAUGCUACCACUCUGCAUCGUCUCGAUAUCGGUGAUUGUCCUAAUUUGAUGUCUUUACCAGAGUGGAUGGACAACCUUACUGAAUUACAAUUUUUGUGGAUAAGGGGUUGUCCCCAACUAUCAGCAAAAUGUGAAAAGAAUGUUGGGGAGGAUUGGCCUAAGGUUGCUCACAUCCCAAAUAUUUCUAUCAAUGGCAAAGUAAUUCAACGGAGUCUUUGAUUAGAAAAAUCCUUUGCACUUUCCCUGGGUAGGUACUCAUCUUCAACCUCUAUCCUUUCUGUGUUUGAAAGGCUUUUUCUGGUUCUUUCAUUUAACAUUUGGUAGAUUCCAAUGCAUUUCUAUGCAGAUGUGGCAUCCCAAUAACAUCUUGCAAUACACUGUUCUCUGACCUAAAGGUGAGAAUUAGUAUCUGCACCAUAAUUAGGGUAACGAGUGAAUUUCAUUUGCAGGACUUAAUUCUUUCAUUACAUUGUCCAAUUUCCAGGAAUCAUUGUCUGGCCUUCUUUAAAUUGGGACAGAGGGACAACUAAUUCUCUUUAUCCCAUUCACUUGUAAGAUAAUCAACUGCCUAGCUUCUCUAAUCGUCAUUGUUCCCUUUCUAGCGUUUUGUUUUGAACGAGUGUACUUUUCUUUGAUAUUUCUUACACUUGAACAAACUAAACGUUAAAAAGAUUACAGAAUUAACAUCAUUUGUUAAUGUCUCAGAAAAAAAAUGAGAAUCUGGAGUUUCUCUUGGAAGAUGUGAAGCAUUUAGCAAACAAUUUCUCCAAAAUUGGAAGAUGCAAGCUAAUGCAAGUGACUACUUGUCCAGUGAUAAUGAACAGAGUCCCCUGCUCUCUUCUUUAUUCUUGUGUUUCACUUCUGUGGAGAAACUUCAACUUGCAGUCAGUCUUCUACAACUUAUUGUUUUCAUUAACUCAAGAGGAAUUGCAUACAAAGCCAGCAUCAGUUCUAGCUCUUCAAUUUUUUGUUUUUGUGACUUGUUACUUAGCAGGUUGUUUGGGUUGGGUUUCAAAAAGAUGCAAGGAGAAAAAACAGGAUUGGCAGACAAUUCUAACUCGAUGCUCAUGUCCCCAUGCUUGUGUAUGGUUUCAGAAGUAUCAACAGACCAGUGUUGUAUGGAUUUGCCCUUUUUCUAGUCUGAUAAAUAUCACACUUCGAUAUAAGAAUACAGAUGACUCUGGAUUGCGAUGGAUGCUGACACUUGAAGACCAUGUAUUUCUUCAGACCAUUCUGGUAUUGCUAGAAUUAUCCAACAAGUUGAAUGUUUAUAUGAGAUAUUGUUAUUGUUUAUCUAUUUUUUCGUUUUCCUUUCUAACAUGUUGGUCUUUUGCAAUUGGAGUGUUCUUGUAGGAGAUGUAAGAGAGGAAGUGUGAAAUAAAUAUUUCCCAUUGGUUUCUUCAAACUUCAGAUAAUUAAAAUGAAUGAUUCUCCUCUCCUAUUUCAAGAUGGAGAGAACAGUUGAGGAUUGGCCUUUAUUGUCUCAGAAACACUAAUUUUGGUACUUUCAUCUCCUAUGAAUGUCCAUUUACAAACAAAAAUGGUGCAUUUAUUCAAGUACUAAUUGGUAGCAUGGAAGAGAGGAAAAACAUUAAUGCCAACUGCCAAGGGUUUCGACAAACAAGUGCUUUUCCUUAGUUCCCUAUUUUCUUUCUGCUUAUGAUAAGAAAAUUCUGCUUUUCUUUAAUUAUCUCCUCCUUUCUGUUUUGACAAGAAAAUUUUGUUUGGUAGGUUGGUUGGGGUGAAUACUUCCUUCUUUUUGAGAAAUUUUCAAGUCUAGUGAAACUCGCACUUUUAUAUGUACCAUAUUGCCCAUUGAACGCAAGUGUAAUGUGUGGAUAAGAACCCUUGAACAGCUUUUUAUUCAACCCAAGCAGGUAAUACUUCCUCACUUCUUCUUUUAUUCACUUUCCUAUGAACAGGAAGAUUUACAAACUGCACUAAGAAAUUUCAUCUUAAACAAUGUUUGGCAUCAGGAUAAUGCUUCAAAGGUUGUAAUUUGAACCUUAAAUCCGAUUCUUCAAUUGUGUGAUAUCACAGUGGAUGAUGAUGACGAUGCUUCAGAAUUGACAUUCAGUCCAGUGGUUCUGUCCUGUUUCAAAGAGCCAGAGAAGAGUGAUUGAGGAUGGCCUCUUUGUCUUAUGGUUUCAAUAUUGCUGGUUGAAGAGGUGUGGCAUUACACGAAGCUCAUUCUUUAUCCAAGGUGAGAGUUUAUGAAGUCAGAAAUUUUAAUGAAGUCCUGUCACGAAAGAUACAUUCCUAUAUAGAUCUAGUGGCUUUCUCUGUGAGUUUGAUCAAGGCUCCAGUCAGGGUUCUUCACAAAGUAUUCUGAAAUCUCCAAUGACUAAUGUACUCUUAAAAACAAUUUACCCUUUUGGAUCUAGAGUGGUUCAUGGAGGGACAUGAGAAUAGAAAACAAUGCAAAAUGAUGCCUGCAAAUUUGUCAAAUGCAUGCCUAACUCUUCCAUGUAAAUAUUAGUAAAAUGUUUGGGUCAAGCUUGAUACGAGAAAUAGAACACUUCAAGCAAAGAAUAUGCAUAUAACUGAGGAGAUAGCUUGAAGUUCAACUGCAGACAAACAACAAUGGUUACGGUCACGAAUGAUAAGACUGCAAUCCUACUUGUAGAAAUGGUUUUCCCCCCAUAUUGCAAGUUCUCACCAGCAAAUGAUUGCCCUUUUUUAAUCAUUUCCUGUAUGUUCUGAUGAUCAAUUUCAUCUUUUCUACCCUCUUCUGGGGUUUACAUGGGUUAUGAAUUCUAUUAUGCUUUCUAAUUCACUUUUGGAAGAAACUCAAAAAGUCUGUAAUUAACUGCAUUUUGGAGGGAAGGCAGAAAUUAUAAAAGCAAUGACAGAGAUUUAUGCAAAUCAUUGUUUGUA